UGAAAGAGGAUACGAUUCGGAGGUAAAACAUAACCGUUGUCGAUGAAAUAUGCCAAGGAAUCGUCCCGGGGUACUGCCCCUACCAGAGGGAUGGGAGGAAUGCCAUGAUUACGACGGGAAAGUGUUUUUUAUAGACCAUUCCUCUCGGCAAACAACCUGGAUAGACCCCCGAGACAGAUUUACCAAGCCGCAGACAUUUGCCGACUGUGUGGGAGACCAGCUUCCCUAUGGAUGGGAACAGUGCAUUGAUGAACAGCUGGGACCCUAUUUCAUCAACCAUUUAAAUCAAAGCAACCAGCUUGAGGACCCACGGGAACAAUGGCGGAGCCAACAGGAAGUAAUGUUAAAGGAGUAUUUGGUCACUGCCCAGGAAGAUCUUGCUGCAAAACGAGAGAUCUAUACUGUCAAGGAGCAGAGAUUAAUGCUGGCUCAAGACGAAUACCAACACCUCAAUGACACACUUGCCAGCUGGAAGUCGUCCCGUUCUAGUUUGAACUCUAACUCAAGUGUUGGUAGUACCAAGUAUGACCCAGAUCUGUUGAAAGCUGAUGUUCACCAUGCUAAGAAUCGUGUGUCAAGACUGCGUCGAGAGCUGGAGCAGAUCCGUACUGAGAUGCAUUACAAGGAGAAAGGAGUGGAGACUCUCACAAGGGUUGAUGAGAAGUUGUCUGGACAGAAUGGGACAUACAAUGUGUCACAGGCCCAUGCUAUUGUAGAGGAGAUUAAACAGAUACAGACAUCGGUGUCGACUAAGGAACAAGAAAAACAGUCACUCAUAGCAUCACUUGCUCGCCUCAAGGAUGACUUCUUGACAUCUAAAAAUAGUGGAUCGUCGCCGGAUGUCUCCACGCUGUCGAUACCUCUCAAGUCUAAUACGGCCUCUCAGACAGACCUUCGAGGAGAGCUUGGUCCAGGCAGUAGUUCCUACAUACAAGAGAUUACACGAUUACGCCUUCAGUACGAAGAAUCCCGCAGGCGACUACUCGACCUCAAGCACCAGCUGGCUAAUGUGGAUGAUCAAAUGGUGCCAGGGCAGAAUGAGUCUGAUAAAGACAGGCUGAUGUUGUUGCAAGAAAAGGAACAGCUACUGCGAGAGCUUAAAAGUAUUGACCCGAAAGGCCGCAGUGAGGGCGAGAUAUGCUCAAUCUAUUCUCAGAUUCAACAGCUUGAACAAGACCUUGUCAUUGCCAUAGAUACCUCCAAUAAACAAAUAGCAGACAGAAUUCAGCUGCAAGAACAGAAAUCUUCACUGAUGCAGGAAUUGUCUGAAGCUACAAGGUUGACAACUUUGCUGGAGUCACAACUUCGCAGCCUCUCUGUGAGUACCCUGUCCAUGUCAUCAGGCUCUAGUCUAGGAUCCCUUGGCUCCCUUUCCUCCUGUAGCCAUAGUUCCCUCACCUCACUCAGCAUGGUUGAUAUCUACCAGCAGCAGUCGUCAGAAACCAAUCUUCAUGACCUUCACCGUAGGUUAGAAAAGUUGUUGAAAGGACACAGUAUUUCUCCUAUACACGAGAACCCACAGGCUGGGUUAGACAUCACAUCAGCUGCAACCCGGGGGUACAUGGAGAGUAUCAAGGCCAGCAAUACAGAACUAUCUUCAUCCAUGAGGUCAAUAUCAUCACGUUCAUCAUUAUCAUCAGUUUCUCCCCCAAUGUCUCCAUAUGAUGUAGGUCCACCCCCGUCUUACCAGGACCACAUCACCUCUGUGGAGAGGCAGCGCGUUGGAUUCUUUGGUAAUAACAGCAGCUUGAAUCCAAGUACGACAAAUAGUACUAAUAGUACAGAAACUGAGCAAUCAAAAGUAGUGUUAGAUGCUCCUUAUCAUCAACUCAGCUCUGAAAACAGUGCAAGGACUAAUCUGUUUAUCGGGGCCUCUCUCAACAAUAGGCCAGUACUUGGGGCAGGGGAACAACUUCUAGAUCCAGCUACACAAACAUCUGGACCCAAGAAGAUUCCUCCUCCUCAAUAUCCAGAUAAUAUGGAAGUGAUGUCUAAUCCGCCACUCAGUCCGAUCAGUGAGAGUAGCUCAGGUGUGGGGAAUAAUCUGUCAGGUGGAAAUACCCGAAGUGUUUCCGCUGCUGUCAGUGAUGAGUCGGUGGCAGGGGACAGUGGAGUGUUUGAGGCAUCGAUGAACAUCACUAAGAGGGAUGUACUGGAUGAGGCAUUGGAGAUGAAUUUAGAAAGUGCUCAAAUACAGAUAAAACUGAGAUAUGAUCACGUUGAUGGCAGUUUGGUGGUGGUACUGGAACAGGCCCGAAAUCUAUCAGCAUUAGCUUUCUCUGCAGGAAGCAAAGUAUAUAUAAAGGCUGCCCUUCUACCCCAAAACAUGGACCUGAUGUGGGAAACACAGCCAUCUUCUGACCUCAAACAUCCUUCCUUCUGUCAGGCAUUCCGAACAAAAGUUGCUAAAUCAAAACUACAGAACAAAACACUGCAGGUUCAUGUGUGGAGCCUGCAUCAGGAACUUGGCAAAGAGUGUCUGGGAUGUGCACAAGUAAGCCUGGCUGACUUUGAUGCCAGCAUCUCGUCCAUACGGUGGUACAAUGUACUCAGUUUCAAGUUUAUGCAGUCAGAUUCCACCACCAGUAAGCCUCUUCUGGACAGUCAAAAGGACGAUAAGAGUUCUGCACCAUCAGAAAAAUCAUCCUUGCCUUCUUCAAACAACUUUCCACCGAUUUCAUCAUCACAACAGACGGAACCUCUUGAUAAAGUGAAGCAACUACUGGAGGCUUCAUCAGCACGAUUACAAAGAACAGUAGAGGACCGUGCCAUGGAUAGUACCCGUGACAACAGUCACUUCAGAAAUACUCAUCCUACUGUAGCUUCAUUAAAGGAGGAAAGCAGUGACGAGUCGACCAUCAUAUCAUCACAGACAUCUACACUGACAAGAAAUCAGGGUCCGGAAGACAUGGAGUAUCACACAGGAUUCUCUAUGGGGCCUGACGAGGAUGAAGAAGAGGAAGUAGACUAUGAUGAUCUACAUAUCCAAGGAAUACUCAGCCAGUAUGAGCAGAGGGUUGACAGUGAGAACUCUGACCAGGAAGAUCUGGUGACCACCUGUGACAAGGAGACCAAUACUGAUGGUAUAUAUGCCACAGCCCAGCCAACCAUCAAGUAUCGCCCUUCCCUGCCAUGUGUGGCCAGUUCUCGCAGCAGCACAAUUCGCCGCUCCCAAACCUUCUCCCCGGCUUGUAGGCCAGGCAAUAGCUAUGUCUGCAAGCUGAAUCGCAGUGACAGUGAUAGUUCAAUGCCUCACUUUAAAAAAGGGCCCUUCCAGAGACACUCUGCAGAACGCCGCAGCUUGAGGUGGAAAAGGGCUACUAUCUGUGGUACAAAAGGUGAAAAGAUUCCUCUUCGGACAUCCAUUGACCUUGAACUUGACCUUCAAGCUUCACAGAUGAAACUGAGCCAUCUGGACGACGACAUUCAUCGCUUGAGAGAACUGACAGUCACCCUGGAGCAAGCCAAGGCAAAAGGAGAAACAGAACUUCCAUCCUGGUUGACAGACGAUGAACACUUCCAAAAACUACUGACAGAUGCUGAUAGAAUGAUAUUGUAUAGGCAUCGGUCAGCACAAGAAGUAAAAAAGGAUGGCAAGACAAAACACGAUCGAAGAGCAGAGCAACUCCUGAAAAAAGUAACAAAGGACAUCCAAAAAAUAAAACGCACAAAUCCUAACUGUAACGCCAAUACAUUCAGGGAGAAGAUGGCCUUUUUUACAACAGUAAAUAUGCAGGUACCAGUUGUGUCUUUGGAGGCAGAAGGUAGCAGUGAGCCUCCGUAUUCUGAUAAACUUGUUCAAGAACCUGCAACGGUGGGAAAUAGCAAGGACCCUUGUUUUGACGAGUUCCUUGAAGAUGAGCGGGUCGGACAAGAGGUUUAAUUGUAUAGACAUCUGAAAUGGGAAUCAAAAAUUGCGUGUAGAGAAGGUUGGCAGCCAGAUGGACAAAGCCACAGUUAGGGGAUGAUUGUGUAGUAAACAUCCCAGAAAAGGAAGUGGAGGUUGUAUGUGUUGUUGGUAAUCACCUUGUUAAUGGUUGUGGAAAUUGCUUUGGGCAUUGAAGACACAUUUGAACGGGUAUUGCACAGGGAUCCGAGGGUAUCUUUGCUCUCUCUGUAGAUUUGUUUAGAGGCAAAUAACUGCAUAACGAUAUUGAAAGUAGAAAAAACAAUCAAAUAAGUCAUGUGAUGAAUUUUACCUAGACUUAAAGGAGAUUUGUUGUUAGAGACAAUUCAUUCCAAUAUUUGCGUGUGCUUUAUUCCAACACUGUUCCCCGGUACAUUUUCAUGAUUAGAAGCUUUUGGUUUCUAUAAUGGAAAAUGCCAAGACAUGUUUAGUAUUUAUAUGUAAACCCAUUCAAAAAUUGAGAUAUCUGAUUUUUAAAACAAUGAAAGAAGUAAUUGUAACAGAAGAGGACAGUUUAUCCAAAGAAAAUAUUUUUGAAGUAAUCAUAAAAUUUUGGUAUGGUUUGAUAUGGAUAUUGGAAGGAGGUCUGUGAGUUAGCUUCCAAACCAGAUGUAUGAGGUGGUCAGGUUACUGGAAUAGAGUGAUUGUGUUAGCUUCCAAAUCAGACACCUGCAGAUUUGAGAUAGAAUACUGGAAUUGGUCUGUGUGUUAGCUUCCAAACCAGACACCUGCAGAUUUGAGAUGUGAUUGCAGUACUGGAAUGAGGUCUAUGUGUUAGCUUCCAAACCAGACACCUGCAGAUUUGAGAUAGAAUACUGGAAUUGGUCUGUGUGUUAACUUCCAAACCAGACACCUGCAGAUUUGAGAUAGAAUACUGGAAUUGGUCUGUGUGUUAGUACUGACUGACUUUAUUUGUACUUGUGUCUGUUAAGUGGUUGAAUGGGUGAGGGAGAAAUGUAAGGUCGUGUCAAGGUGUUAUCACAAAGUCCGUCCCAGAAAUCUCUGCAUGUUUAAAGAGUGAUACAUUAUACUAAUAAUAGGAGAAAUUUUCAUGUUGUAUUUUUUCAUUUAGUAUUUGAAAAUGUUGCAUGUGAAUGGUAUUUAACUGAUGUAGAGUUAGUAUGUAGGUUGAUUUGACCAAAAAACCAACUUGAUAAUUUGAAAAUGUUAAAGUGUUUAAAAGUCAUGUAUUGAAUAAUGAUUGUAAGGACAUCUGACCUGUAAGGUCAUAAUAACUUUAUAUUCAGGUAAUGCUUUUUUUCCUAAAAGCCAAAAUUUGGUAAAAUACAUCAUUGGAAGAUGAAAGUCAUUUCUUCAAUAAAUGAGGUUGGUUCAUCUUUUGGAGGAAAUGUUCAGAGACUUGUCCUGACCUUGUAAAUAGUUACUCUAUAGUGUCUAAAUCCUCUGGAUGUUUGAUUAUCAGAUGACAGCCCAUAGGCCCCAGAAAAGUCUUUAUGAUCUCAGGUUGGAGUAAUUGGAGUUUAUGUAGGAAGAAAAGAUUUAUGAGCAUAAUUUGUUUAAUGUCCAUUUGAAAUAUAUUUAACUUGGUUAGAAUUAUGAGCAAAGGAUGACAACUUGAUGGUAUGCCCAUAUUGAUCCAGGCUGGCCCCUAGGGGCUAAUGGGCCAAAUUGACUCAGAUUUCAAAAAUCUUCUUCUCAAUGCCCAAACUUUCCUGAUCAAAGGGUCUCCCAUUUCCUCUGUAAAGGGAAUGAAGUUUACUAUUGGUUUGAUAGGAAAAUUGCAUUUUUGAGCAUAAAGUUGUUUAUUUAACAUUGGAAAUAACUUGGUAAGAAUUAUAAGUAUAGGAUGACAGUUUUGAUGGUACACAUAUAUUGACACUGGCUGACCCCCAAGAGCUUGAAUCAUAUUCUUACAUCUUACUAUCAUCAAUGUUGCAAUUUCUGUUUGGUGACGAUCAAAAGCUUCUUACCAUAUAACUUUUAUAUUCAAUAUUGCCUAUGUCAGGUGGCAUUCAAGGCUGCCAAGCCUCUGAUCGUUAAUCAAAGGUCUGACCCACUAGGGGCAGAAGAGUGAAGGAAAACAAGGAGUAAACUUUUGGAGUUGUUUUCCCUUUGUUUGAAUAAAGAAAUUGUGACUAAAUCAGGUGAGCAAUACAGGCCCUUUUAGGCUUUGAUUUUCUUAGAUAGUUCAGUUCACAAAAAGAAACCAAUUCAUUAUAGAUAAUUAAUGAUAUUGAUAUGGAAGCCAUUGGCAGUGUUCAAAACACUUGUUUUGUCUGAAAUUUAACACACAAAAUCAAAAUGUUGUAUUAAAUCAUUGAGCUCAAAUCAUUAAAGCUAAUCACAAUCAAGUAGCAUUCAAAGAAAUAAGUAAAACUUAGUUUGUUAUAUUUUGUGAUUUUCUAUUGUGUAUUUACCAAUAGUUUAACAUUGGAGGUUAGCAAGUCCUUGGGGACACGUUUAACCUAUUGUUAGACUAAAUGAAAAGAUUGUGUUAGAACAUUUUUAACCUAUUGUUAGACUUAAUGAAAACAUUGUGUUAGAACAUUUUUAACCUAUUGUUAGACUUAAUGAAAACAUUGUGUUAGAACAUUUUUAACCUAUUGUUAGACUUAAUGAAAACAUUGUGUUAGAACAUUUUUAACCUAUUGUUAGACUUAAUGAAAACAUUGUGUUAGAACAUUUUUAACCUAUUGUUAGACUUAAUGAAAACAUUGUUAGAAUAAUUUUAACCUAUUGUUAGACUUAAUGAAAACAUUGUGUAGAUAGUCAUUGUUUAUAAUCCCUCUCAUGGCUGUUUUCAAUCUAUAUACAAAUAUUAUACUUUUAUAUUUCUUAUGCAAGUUAACCAUGAAUGUAAGCUUUAUAUGUAAUAUGUAGUCUGAAGGAGUUGAGGGCCAGUACAUGUCUUUAUAAGAGGAUCUUAAUGGUCAUACUAACCUAUGUAAUUACAUUUAGUAAUUAUUGAUUGGUAAACUCAAACAAUUACUGAAUGGUAAAGUCAGAUAAACACUCUUGGUAAUUAGCAAGUGGUUAACUCAGAUAAACAACCUGGUAAUUACUGAGUGAUGAAUUUAGAUAAACAACCUGGUAAUUACUGAGUGAUGAAUUUAGAUUAACAACCUGGUAAUUUACUGAGUGAUGAAUUUAGAUAAACAACCUGGUAAUUACUGAGUGAUGAAUUUAGAUUAACAACCUGGUAAUUUACUGAGUGAUGAAUUUAGAUAAACAACCUGGUAAUUACUGAGUGAUGAAUUUAGAUUAACAACCUGGUAAUUACUGAUAAAUUCAGAUAAACAACCUGGUAAUUACUGAGUGAUGAAUUUAGAUAAACAACCUGGUAAUUUACUGAGUGAUGAAUUUAGAUAAACAACCUGGUAAUUUACUGAGUGAUGAAUUUAGAUAAACAACCUGGUAAUUACUGAGUGAUGAAUUUAGAUAAACAACCUGGUAAUUACUGAGUGAUGAAUUUAGAUAAACAACCUGGUAAUUUACUGAGUGAUGAAUUUAGAUUAACAACCUGGUAAUUUACUGAGUGAUGAAUUUAGAUAAACAACCUGGUAAUUACUGAGUGAUGAAUUUAGAUAAACAACCUGGUAAUUUACUGAGUGAUGAAUUUAGAUUAACAACCUGGUAAUUUACUGAGUGAUGAAUUUAGAUAAACAACCUGGUAAUUACUGAGUGAUGAAUUUAGAUUAACAACCUGGUAAUUUACUGAGUGAUAAAUUUAGAUAAACAACCUGGUAAAUUACUGAGUGAUGAAUUUAGAUAAACAACCUGGUAAUUUACUGAGUGAUGAAUUUAGAUUAACAACCUGGUAAUUUACUGAGUGAUGAAUUUAGAUUAACAACCUGGUAAUUUACUGAGUGAUGAAUUUAGAUAAACAACCUGGUAAUUACUGAGUGAUGAAUUUAGAUAAACAACCUGGUAAUUACUGAGUGAUGAAUUUAGAUAAACAACCUGGUAAUUUACUG